GCUAGUCCAACGAAUUCCUGUCCGAAGUCUCCUCUUUGCUAGAUACUUAUUAACACACACACUGUCUAGGCUGUCAUUUCCUCUUUUAGAAGUGGACAAAAUUAGAUUUGGAUCGCCUUACACUGCAGAAAAUCAACAGGACUACGAGCAAGGGUACAGAUAUCUGUGCAAUCUCGAAGUUUAGAAUGCCAGGGCACUGUGUAUCUGUUAAGUUGGACCAGGACAGGAGUCCAGAAAAACGAAGCAAAGGCUGGUACCUGGCACUGAUGGCACCCAAUGAGAAAGGUCCAAACUAUGCUUGGCUUGACCCGUCCAGACUGUAUUGCCACUGUCAGGCUUUAGAGGAAUGUAUUCAAGAUCUGCUCCAACCCUUCAGGAGUGACACUGUUGACCUUGUUGCAGGAAUUGAUGCCAUGGGAUUCAUUCUAGGUGCUGCCAUUGCAUCACAUUUGGGAAAAGGUUUUCUGGCAAUCAGGAAGGUUGGGCACCUGUGUGUGGAGACAAAAACUCAAUUGUAUGUAGAUUACUCUGGGAGGGAGAAAGUGAUGGAGGUCCGCACUGAUGCUAUUAUUCCAGGUUUACGUAUCUUGAUGGUAGACCAGUGGAUUGAAACUGGAGGAACUAUGCAGGCUGCUAUAAAACUGGUGGAAAAUCAAGGGGGGAUUGUAGCAGGUGUAGCUGCAAUUUGCAUAGAGGACAGCAAAGGGGGGAAAUGGGUUAAAGAGCGCUACAAAUGUUCUGACUGCGUUCCCGAACAUCUGAGGAGCCAAUUCAAUAACCAUUACCUGGAAUCCUUCAAAGAAUUCCAUAACCAAAAAAAAUUAUGUUGAAUCAUGAAUAUAAGCUCUGGAGUCUGUUCCAUAACUGGAUAGAGGACAUCGAUUUCUUGUCUUGUUACUCCUUUCACAAAAUAAGUUCAUAGAUACCUUUUCUGCACUUGGGG